AUGGCUUCCAGAUUAGAAGAGGAUCUCUGCUGUCCCGUCUGCAGUGAUGUCUUCAGAGAUCCUGUUGUUCUGUUAUGUAGCCACAGCUUCUGUAAAGACUGUGUGGAGAGCUGGUGGAAAGACAAAGAAGAAAAAUUGUGUCCACUUUGUAAGAGUAGAUCUUCAAAGCUUAAACCACCUUGUAACCUGGUGUUGAAGAACCUGUGUGAGGCCUUCUUACUGGAGAGAGAUGCUCUCUGCAGUCUGCACUCAGAGAAACUCAGACUCUUCUGUCUGGACCAUCAGCAGCCAGUGUGUCUCAUCUGCAGAGAUUCAGAAAAACACACCAACCACACAAUCAGACCCAUCGAUGAAGCUGCACAACAACACAAGAAGCAGCUUCAGGAAACUCUGGAGCCCUUGAAGAAGAAGUUACAGUGUUUUAAACGUGUUAAAGUAGAGUUUGAACGAACAGCAAAACACAUUAAGGUCCAGGCCGGACUCACAGAGACGCAGAUCAAGGAGCAGUUUCAAAAGCUUCAUCAGUUUCUUGAGGAGGAAGAGGAGGCCAGGAUGGCUGCACUGAGGGAGGAAGAGGAGCAGAAGAGUCGGAUGAUGAAGGAGAAGAUUGAGUCUCUGAGCAGAGAGAUAACAACUCUUUCAGACACAAUCAGAACCACAGAGGACGAGCUGAGUGCUGAAGACUUCUCGUUCCUGCUCAACUACAAGGCUGCAGUGGAACGAGUCCAGCAGCGCCCCCUGCUGGAGGAUCAACAGCUGGCCUCAGGAGCUCUGAUAGACGUGGCCAAACAUCUGGGCAACCUGAGCUUCAACAUCUGGAACAAGAUGAAGGACGUGGUCUCCUACAGUCCUGUGGUUCUGGACCGAAACUCUGCUAAUGCAGGGCUCAUCCUGUCUGAAGAUCUGACCAGUUUGAGACAAGGAAAGAGACAGAAGCUUCCUGACAAUCCAGAGAGGUUUGAUCGUUACGCCAAAGUCCUGGGAUCUGAGGGUUUUAACUCAGGGACACACAGCUGGGACGUCCUGGUUGGGGACAGUACAAACUGGUUCCUGGGUGUGGCAGCAGAGUCUGUCGAGAGGAAGGGAGACAAACAGUCUGGAACAUGGAGAAUAGGGUUGUAUGAAGGUAAAUACUACGCAAAGUCACCAUCAGGAUCAUCUUUUCUCUCCGUGCAGAAGAUCCAGAGGAUCCGAGUGAAACUGGACUGGAACAGAGGAGAACUGUUGUUCUCUGAUCUUGAUACUAACAAACACAUUCACACCUUCAAACACACUUUUACUCAGAAGAUGUUUCCAUACUUUUACACUGGAGCUCAUCACCCAGUGAAGCUGUUACCUGUGAAAGUCUCUGUGACGCUGGGUCAGAGCAGUUAGAGAUAAAGAUUCUAUUCAUCAUGUUUAUUUCUUCAAGAGAAAUCUGCUGAAUUUAAAUGUUAAACUUGUUAUUCUAAAGCUUUGUUUAUUUCUCCUUUUACUUCUCACUCAUUUUUAUUUCUACUGUCGACAUUUUCUGAUCUUUAUCUUUGGUUUGUUUUUUAUUUCCAUGGAAAAUGUUUUCUAUCAUUUCGAUUUUGUGUGGAUCAAUGAAGUCGAGUAAACUGAUGAAGAUCCACAUAAUAACACAUUUAUCAAUAACAGCUGAUCAUUGUUAACAUUCAACAAACUUUAUUAAAACUCACAGGAGACAUAAAGUCUGUUCACAUGUGAAAUAAUCCAACAUAUAUGAACACGUGAUGAAGCCAAAAUGAUUCUGUUUGUAAAAGUGUUUAUUCAACAGCAGCCUAGUUAUGUGAUUUUAAU